AUGGCUCCAAAGCGUAAAGGCAAGGCCCCAAGCGCUCCGACUGCGAAGGCGCCAAAAGCAGAUCCGAGAGAGAAGCAGCCAACGGACAAGCAGCUGUGCAACAUCCUCAAGUGCUUCGUGCGGAUCGCGGGGGGUGGCGGUGCCGCCUAUUUUCCGGACUCUGUGCAUAACUCCAAGGGCUUCUCGUCGGCGUCCGUGGCCCCUCUCUCCACAUCAGACGGCGUGACGCUCAAGCUCGGUAAGAGCGCCAAGGAGUUUCUCGCAUCGCUUCCCCUGACCGACAGCUCAAGCUAUUGCGAGCUCUGUGCCGACUACGCAAGCGCCGUGGUGAGCGCCCGGCUCCAGUACGGCGAUUUCAACCUCAACGACGGCGAGUGCCGCUGGCAGCCGGCGGCCACGUUGCUGCAGGUGGGAGUGCACUUCCUCCCCCUCCUCGUGUACGUCGAGACCGAGGCCCUCGCAAAGCAGUGGCUCGAGGUGUUCUUUGACUCGGCCGAGUGCGACCCCGAGGAUGUCGGUGUGGGCGGCUGCGUCGAGAAUGACAGCGAGUGCUGCGUCAUCAAGGACUACCUCGCCGAGCUCUCCCCGAAGCCCUCGUCGUUCGCGGACUAUGUGAAGGCGAGGGAGAAGCUGGCGCGUGCGGCGCGCCAGCUGCAGUCGUAA